UCUGACUGGCCUAUCGAGUAAAUGCGUAUAUGUUGCCGACACUUUUCCCAUCAAAACACAAACCAAAAUUGAGUGAUCGAAUUCGAGUGGCGCGGGCAAAGGAGCAAGCGAAGCGAAAAGGACGACGAGCAGCACGCAGGACACGUGUGCGUGUGCGUGUGAGUGUGGGGGAUGGAAGAGGAAGCAGCAGCACUGGCCAGCCAUUCACCCACCAGCGCUGACGCAGUCGAGCCAGCUUCGAACGAAUUGGGCAAAAUUUAAUUCACGCCGCCGGGACUUGAAAUUUACGGUAGCCGAAGGAGCAGGAGCACGAGCAGAUCAGGAUCACAGCAAAAUCAACACCAUGUAUCGGCUAGCGGUGCGAGAUCAGUGCAAGUGCGCCCUGCAGCGUACGCUGCAGCAGACGACCGCAAACAACAGGCAGUUUGGGGGAAGCACCAGCGGAAGUGGAAGCCGGGAGCAUGGCAGGCGGCAACAGGAACAGCAAGGCGAUCAAGGACAUCAAGGAUACCAGAGCCUGCCGCCGCCACCGCAUAUGCGCGAAGCUGGCUUCGGCAAAGUGGUCCUUUUCGUCUCACCAUUGGCAGCUGUCGGCGGAGUCAUCACCUACGCAAAAUACGACAACGACUUCCGCAAAUUGGUGGAGAAGAAUGUGCCCGGCGCAGGUUCCGUCAUUAAGGUGGCUCUGCAGGAGGAGCCGCCAUUCAAGGACAUCACCAAGAACGUCAACGAUCAGAUCGAUAAGGUCAAGUCUGGCAUCGAGACAGUGACCUCCACCGUGGACUCUGUUACCUCUAAGGUGACGGGUCUGUUUGGCGGCGGCAGCGGCGAUGAUAAGUCCAAGAAGUCUAAAGUGGAGUCGGCGAAGGCUCCUCCUGCUGAGGAAAAGAAGGCCUCAAAACCUAGCGAAGUCAGCAAGACUGAAGCAAAGCCAGUGGUGAAAUCCGAGAAGCCAGCAGCACCGCCUGCGCCCGCCGCCAAGCCUAAGGAUAUUCCGCUGCCCCGCGACGUUAUUGAGUUGGAGAAGGCCAUCGAGCUGGCUGCUCAACUGGCCGUCAAGGAGUACAACGCCGCUAUAGGCGUUUUGAAGAGCUUUAACGACGAUGUCCGUAAGGUCGUUGACAAGGCCGUAGAGAAUGGAGAGAACUCUCUCUGGACCACGCUGAAAAAUCGCGCGAGUGCCCGUGAUACGGCAGUGGGUACGGCAGAGCGAGCAGCCCGUGAGGCUCAGGAGAAGAUUGUCGCCUGCGAGAUCGCCCUGAGUGCUGCGGCAACGGCACAAAACGCCAAAAAGGUGGAGGCGGUGCGCGACAAGAUCAAGAAGCUGGUGGACCACAUUGGCAACGUCAAGGACGAGCUCUACCGGCACAAGGACACGGCCAGUGUGUCAGACAAGUACUGGCGCAAUGUGGAGAAGGCGCGAAACUACUUCAUUGACGAGAUCGAGUCUAUCUUCCCCGGCCUCAGUUUGGCGGAUAAGAAACUAAAUCUGUCAAAGGAGGACCUAGACUUGUUCAUCCUGCACGCCUACACCCAUGUCCUGGCCUACCAGAAAGAGCUGCAGCGCUUGCAAACCGAUGGUGAGCUGCGCCUGAAGAGAGCCAUUGACUCGGUUCGCGGCGACAACGAUUCGGAGGCUUUGCGCGCCCAACUGGAAUACCACUUGGAGGCCGAGCGGCGCAAGUUGGCCGUGGAAAACCAGAAAAAAAUCUUCCACAUCCACGCCGAGUCUGAUAAGUUGUUGCGCCUGCAGCUUAAAAAACAAGCAGAGGCCCAUGCCGAUCACAUAAAGGACAUCGUGGCGCAGCGGGAGACCGAUCUGACGCGAAGCUUUAAGCGCGAGCUUGAGGACAAGCUGGCGACCGAAAAGGCUAACUAUAAGCUACAAUUGGCCGCGAUGCUCGGCAAACUGCGCGGAAUGGACGCCGCUCUAGCAGAGAUAGAGGAUGUGUUUCAAGAGCGUGCGGAUGCGGAGCGUACUGCCAAUCAGGCGCAGGCCCUUUGGGCCGCCUGCCAAGCUCUGUGGGCCUCCGUGCGCGCCGCCACUCCUGGCGUGCACUACAAGGAGAAGUUGCGCCCGUUAAAGAACGAAAUCAAUGCCAUUGCCAAGGUGGCUAAGGGUGACGACCUGGUGGCAGCCGUGCUGCAGAGUGUCCCGAUGGAGGCACAGGAACGCGGUGUAUAUCCUGAAGAUGCGUUGCGCGAGCGUUUCCUGAAUGUGGAGCGCGUGGCGCGACGAUUGGCUUUGGUGCCCGAGGAUGGAGCCGGUCUGCCAAUCUACUUCCUGUCCUAUCUGCAAUCGCUGUUCAUCUUGCGACCCGACAAUCCCAUAUCCAAGGACGAACUCGAGAACAAACCCUUCGACUAUAGCAAACUGGACACCUACGAUAUCCUAAACAGGGCCAGGUACCAUGUGGAUCGCAGCGAUUUCCUGCAGGCGCUCAAGUACAUGAAUCUGCUGCAGGGUGCAUCCCGCAAGAUUGCCGGCGAUUGGAUGAAGGAGGCUCGCCUCAUGCUGGAGACCCAACAGGCGGCCAACACCUUAAUGGCCCACGCCGCUGCCAGCGGACUCUUGUAUUUGUAGACUACGUCCCGUGUCCCCUUCCUCCAGAAACAAGAAGAUACACUUACUAUUUGUUAUUAGUCCAGGAGAAGAUGGUACGAAAGCCACUAAACGUGAAAGAUUACCAGCAAUAUGUAAUUUGUCCAAUUAGAGAUCACAGUUUAAACGAAAAAGCACUUAUAUAUAUAUAUUUGUAUCAUUUUGUUUAGCUUCAAUUAUACAAAUUAUACAUAGAAACCAUCAUUAUUAAAUCCACACCACAAAUA